CAGAUUCGUUCCUUUCAACACAAUCCUUUGGAGAGUUUGACAACGCCAGUAUACAAACAAGAGAUAAUCGAGAAGAUGUUUAGAUCCAUUCUAAAAUUCUUUACAAGACCUUGGUCUUCAGGAGAUAUGGACUCUUCUUCGAAGAAGUCCAAACGAAGGAGUGAGAGACCUUCCUCUCCUGAAGACCUCAACCCUCCCACCAUCUUGAGGGAGCACGGACGAAGGGGUGAGAGACCUUCGUCUAGUGGAGACACCAACCCUUCUACCAUCGUGAAGGAGCACAGAGAAAGGGGUGAGGGCCCUUUGUCUUGUGCAGAACACAAGCCCUCUACCACCAGGCAGCAAGAACGAAGGGAUGUGAGCUCAUUGUUCAUCGUGGGCACCAACCCUUCUAUCAACAUGAAGGAGAGCAGGCAAAGUGAUGUGAGCUCUUUGUCUUCCUCUUCUGAAGAGGAUGAGCCUUCUACCACCAGGCAGCGAGUACGAAGGGGUGAGAGCCCUUCCUCUUCAUCCUCUGAAGACAAGCAGCCUACUACUGCAACGCAGCAGCAAGCAUGGAGGGGUGAGAGCCCUUCGUUGUCAUCUUCUGAAGAUGACCAGCGUUGUGCCACCAGGCUGCUAGUACGAAGGGACGUGAGCUCUUUGUUCAUCGUGGGCACCAAACCUUCUACCGUCAUGAAGGAGAGCAGGCAAAGGAGAGAGAGCUCUUUGUCUUCCUCUUCUGAAGAGGAUGAGCCUUCUACCACCAGGCAGCGAGUACGAAGGUUUGAGAGCCCUUCCUCUUCAUCCUCUAAAGACAGUCAGCCUACUACUCGGAGGCGGCAGCAAGCACGAAGGGCUGAGAGCACUUUGUCGUCAUCUUCUGAAGACGACGAGCCUUCUACCACAAGGAGGCAGCAACAACGAAGUCCUUUGUCCUUCGUAGACAUCAACCGUCCUACCACCUUUAGGCAGAAUGGAGGAAUUGGUGAGAACCAUUUGCCCUGCAUUGACAUUGACCAGCCUACCAUCUGGUGGGAGCACGUACGAAGGGGUGAGAGACCUUUGUUUCGUGGAGAUUUGAACCCUUCAAACACCUUGAGACAGGACGGACGAAGUGGUGACAGCCCUUCCUCUACAUCUUCGUCUUCUGAAGACGACGAGCCCUUUACCACAAGGAGGCAGCAAGAAAGAAGGCCUAAUAGCCAUUUAGCUAUCUAUCUGAGUGCGAGAAAGGAGAGGGAGAUCAUUGAAAGAGAAAAGCAGCGUUUGGAGGAGGAGGGUUUAAAAAGAGAAAGAGAGAGGUGUGAAGAGAUGAAGAGAAAGAACCAGGAGAAGGAGAGGAAAACGUUUGGUCUGCGUUCAAGAAUAUACAUUUGGUGGCUCAAUCGCAAGAUAAAACGCAUUGCCAGGGACAUCCAAUCGACCUUUGUGGAUGAGUGCUACCUCCUGCGUCAUGAUCCCCUCAGAAAUCCAGAGAAAAUGGCAGAAAAAGAACGGCUGCUUGACCGAAGGAGGGAGCUGGUCCUGUACAAACACAGACAAGAAUUUAAGGUGGAGAGGGAAGUGAGGAAGCAAAAACUGAAGGUAGAGAGGAAGGAAAUGAAUGCGAAGAAGAUGGAGAAUAUCUCUGAGUUAUGCAGCAACUCAGAAAGUAUGUUAAAUCUUCGCAACGGGCAAAUGCCAGUCAGGUCACGCAAACUAGUACUUGUUAACAUAUAUCAAUUAAGAUAAAAGUAGAGCAAUCAGAAAAAUGGCACCAAAUAGAGAGAGGUAAUUGAGGGAGACAACAAACAUUUCAGAUUUGACAAAACAGAAGUAAAGAAAAGUAAAAUAUUCUUUU